AUGAAGCUUGCAAUAAUCGUGGUGGCCAUGAUUCUUUUGUCCUGUUUUGAACCAACAAAACAGGCACAAAAACGGCGAGGAAGAGUGCUGCGCAUGUGCGAGAAACGAUUUUCCACUUGUUUGUCAAACAGCAGAUUCAGACGAGAUUAUAAGGCUGGACCCAAGUGCUGUGGAAGAGCAUGGACUGUAAGUUUAACCAAUGAGUUCAAUAGACUGAAUCCCUGUCAGAUCAGUUUUAUUAGUAACAAAAAAACAUCAAUGAAAAACCAAAACAAACAAAGUAGCAAAUUAAAGUGAUUUUAUCUUUGGCGUGAAUAAGUAUGACAAAAGUUGUGCCCUAAACAACCGAUUUAUACCGAUAAGAUCUGAUUCCUGCCUUGUACCCAGAAGUCUCUCUUGAUGAAAAUUUGUCCUCGCAAAGGAAGGCAGGAAGGAGAAAACUGGCUUCGCCUCUCACUUUUUCCUCUCCAUGGUCCCUUGCGCUCCGUCACCAGUCACUCGCGUGUCACUCGCGUUUCGCGCUCGCCUCUGUGCGAAAAACGAAGCCCUUGAGGAGGAGGCUGAUAUGAUUAAAACUCUCAAGGAGCCAUUUCAAGGCAAUUUUGUCCAAAAUUGCUCUGUUCCAAACUAUUUGGGUCAGGCAACUCCAAGAACCAUGAUACUAAAAUGGCGGCUUUUGGCAACCCUUUUUGAACAGCCUAUUCAUGCACCAAUUUAGGGGAACUAAACCGGAAAGACCUUUACGAAGGUCUUAUGCUUUUGGGUAAUUUAGGGACAAAAGAACGUCUUAUCUGUAAAACAAAAUGGAAAACGUAACUCUUUUCUCUUCAUUUUCUAUCAGGUUUGUCAGUUGCAUCGCUUCUACUGUCGAAGGAUUUGCCAACCACGCUACAGAGUCUGCAUGUGCAAAAUCGGGUUUUCCUUUUACUGCUGAAAAGCCUGGGAACGACUUGCCAUGUCCCGGAUGUGGUAUUGCUAAGCAACCGAGGUCACAACGGAUCAUUUAGUUCAUUUAGACAUUUGUUAGCCCACUGCGUUUUGGGUUACUACAAU